ACAUGCUUCUUCCUUCUCAACAACGCAUCUCUGCUCUCAUGAGGAGGCUCUUGCUUUGCUGCAAUUCAAGACAUCCUUCUCCAUCGAUUACACUGUUCCAGAUCCAGAUUUUUGUCAGCUGUGAUAAUGUCACAGGCCAUGUAAUUGCCCUUAAUCUCAGGUGCAGUUUCCUUUAUGGCACCUUUCCUUCCAACAGCACUCUUUUCUUCCUCAGAAACCUACAGAGCCUCAAUCUUGCCUGGAAUGAUUUUAGGGAUUCCAAGAUUCCAUCGGAAAUCAGUGAGUUUACUAGACUAAAGCAUCUUGAUAUCUCUUCUUCUGGAUUUUCGGGCCAAGUUCCCGCAGAAAUUGCCCACCUCUCCAAGUUAGUUUCUCUCAAUCUCUCCAAUUCUGACUUGAUCCUUGAAACGACCUUGAGAAAUCUUGUUCAUAACUUGAGUGAGUUGAGAGAACUUGUGCUUCCUGGAGUGAACAUGACAUCUGUUAAUCCUCGUUUCUUCAUGAAUCUCUCUUCUUCUUUGACUACUCUUGAUCUUUGGCGGAGUGCGUUAAGAGGAAACUUUCCAAACAGUAUUUUCCGCUUUCCAAAUCUCAAGAGGUUUAGUUUAGGUGGAAAGGGAAACCUCACUAUUGAUCUUCCAAGUUCCAAUUGGAGCAGUCCUCUCCAACGGUUGCAUUUAGGUGAUAUGGAUUGCGGAAGGCGAUUGCGAGAGUCUGUAGGAGAUCUUAAGUCAUUACAGUCUCUGAGUCUUGGCUGCAACUGGGAAGGUUCCAUUCCAGCUUCCAUAGGGAACUUAUCUCAACUUACUUACCUAAGCCUCUCUUAUAACAAUCUUAGCGGACAAAUCCCACCAUCACUUGCAAACCUCACCCAACUUACCUCUCUUGGCCUUUCCAAUAAUCAGUUUUCUGGUCCAUUUCUAGCUUCCAUAUGUAACUUAAGGCAACUUACUAGCCUAUUCCUCUAUUCUAACAAUCUCAGCGGACAAAUUCCAUCAUCACUUGCAAACCUCACCCAACUUACCUUUGUUAACCUUGCCAAUAAUCAGUUUUCUGGUCCCAUUCCAGCUUCCAUAGGUAACUUAAGGCAACUCACUCUGCUAUACCUCUAUUCUAACAAUCUUAGUGGACAAAUCCCAUCAUCACUUGCAAACCUCACCCAACUUACCUUUCUUGACCUUUCUUAUAACUUACUUAAUGGCACGUUGCCACCUUGGAUUUUCACCCUACCUUUGUUAGAGUACUUGUAUCUCAAUCAUAACCAAUUUCAAGGUCAAAUAAAUCAAUUGCUGCAAAACUCACUCAUAAGUCUAGAUUUGUCAAACAAUAGAUUCCAGGGCUCAAUUCCUAACUCAAUUGCUAAUUUAGUAAAUCUUAGUUAUCUUGAUUUAUCAUCAAAUCAUUUUAGUGAUUUAGUAGAACUUGACAUGUUCUCGGCACUUCAAAAUCUGGAAACCAUCUUUCUUUCAGACAAUAAUCUGUCCUUGAGAAUGAAUGUCACUGCCAACUUCACAUUACCUAAACUAAUUCAUGUUUCCUUUUCUUCUUGUAACUUGAGUGAAUUCCCCAAUUUCAUAAGACAUUCAAAUGGUCUGCAAAGCCUAGUGCUAUCCAAAAAUAGCAUUCAUGGAAAUAUUCCCGAAUGGAUAUGUGAAAACGAUGAUCUUGAAAUUCUUGACCUUUCUCAUAACAAUUUAAUCGGGAAGAUUCCAAAUUGUCUUCCUAGGUCUCUCUCGGUGUUGAAUUUGCAGGCCAAUUACUUUGAUGGAAAUAUACUACCAUCUGGGUUUCCAGAGGACUGUGGAUUACUAAAUCUCAACUUACAUGGAAAUCAAAUGGACGGUUUAUUACCAAGGUCUUUGGUGAAUUGUCGCAUGUUAGAGAUUCUAGACGUUGGCAACAACAACAUAAGUGAUACAUUCCCUCAUUGGUUGGAAUCUCUACCGGACCUUCAAGUGCUUGUCUUAAGGUCCAACAAGUUCCAUGGUUCUGUGCAGAGCACCAAAGAAAGUCCAUCUUUUCCCAAGUUACGAGUUCUGGACCUCUCCAGCAAUGAUUUUCUUGGUCCUUUGCCUCUUCGGUACAUGGAAAAUUUUAAAGCGAUGAUGGACUCUCAUGGAGACGAUGGUUCCCCUGAAUACAUGAAGGGAAUCUUGACCGUAUUCAGUAGUAUUCAUCUCUCAAAUAACAAGUUUGAGGGAGAAAUUCCAGAUGUUAUUGGAAAGCUUAGUUCUCUCAAAGGGCUUAAUCUUUCUCAUAACAACCUUACUGGUCAUAUCCCACCGUCACUAGGGAAUUUGACGAAUAUGGAAUGGUUGGAUCUCUCUUCCAACGAGCUGACGGGGAAAAUUCCUGAUGAAUUGGUAUCUUUGACACAACUCUCUGUAUUGAAUCUUUCAAAUAAUCAUCUCGUCGGACGCAUACCACUAGGCAAUCAGUUCAACACCUUUGGAAAUGGUUCUUAUGAAGGAAACGUUGGACUGUGUGGAAUCCCAUUGUCAAAAUCUUGUGAUGGAAUUGGGACACCGCCGAGCUCCUUCCAAGAAAAAGAUGAGUUGUGGAGAUUUGGCUGGAGAGUUGUGGUGUUAGGCUAUGGAUGUGGAGUUUUCCAGGCAUUUGACUUUCGGACAACUUUGAGAAACGAACCAUUCCUGCAGCUUUUCCAUUUUCUAUAUGUAUAUCCUUUAACUGUGAGCUUGAGUUGGAAAAGGAAUCCAUUCGUAAGAGUUGAGCUAAGAAAGGAUGAUGCAGAUGUUCAUAAACAACCUUUAAAGGCAAUGUAUCCAAGGGAACCUGGUUUAUCACUUCAGAAGUGGGCUCACACGCAAGUUGCUGUUGGUGCUGGGGUGGGCUGCUACCAUGAUGAAAUUAAAGUUUCUCUCCCUGCUGUUUGGACACCAUUGCGUCACCUUAUAUUCACUUUCUUCCAUGUUGAUCUUCAAAUGAAAUUAGAAGCUCCAAAACCAGUGAGUUCAAUGAGAUCCCCAAAACCAGUAGUAAUUGGAUAUGCAGCUCUUCCAUUAUCCACCCAUGCACAGUAUGCAACUGCCUUUAUGUUUGUCAUCUUUUGUUUUGUUUCUUUCCUUGAUGAUUUAUUAACUUACUUUAUUUGUUCUGCUACUGGAGUGAUUGGUAUGGUAGUUCAUGGUUACUUUCCUGGUUUAUGUUGUGGGUACUUGGAUGAUAUCAACAUAGUAACCUUAGAAGAUGUGGUUGAGGAGAUUGUUGGAGAAAUCUUUGAUGAAAAUGAUUCAAAGGAGGAGAUCCAGAAGAAAAUUGGCUUUAUUGUAAUGAGAGCAGAGGGAGUAUAUGAUGUUGAGGCCAAUUCAUCUAUUUAUUUGCCAUCUGAGGACUUGAAUACCAAAAUGCCAGAGGAACAUCAGUAUGAGACAGUAUCUGGUUUUUUAUGCAAAGGAUUUGGAUACAUCCCUAAAGCUAGUGAGAGCAUCAAAGUUGUCCUCGAAAGGGAUAAUCAAGAUGAUGAUGAUGAUGAUAAGCAUGAUGAAGAUGGAUCCAAUCAUCAAGAUGUGAAGGUAUCAAAUAUAUAGACUUGAGGUAGGGUAAAAGCACUGAAUGGAUUUCAGUGCAAAAAAACUAGGAAAGAAAAAGCAUGUAGCGAGCAAUCAUGCAGUCUCUUCCAUGUGUAACUUUCUGAAAUGAAUGCUAUUAUGAGGGCAUGCAUUUGUUCAUGGAGGAAUCUGCUUUUAUAUUGCUCAUCCUAUUAGAUGAUUCAUUUGGUGGCUCAGUUUGCUAAAUUAAACUUAGCAACUGAU